UGGGUGGGGGGUGUCGGAGGACAGGCUUCUCCUUGGGCGGCGUGAGAUUUGCAGCAGCCCCCACCCGAUGCAAAGAAAAAGGAGGGGCGCCUCUGAGCGCGUGCAGAGUGCACGGGAAACCCACGCGGCCUCUCUUUGAUCCAAGCAACGAUCCAGGAGCCACCAUGGCCAAGCUGAUGCAAGCGCCCCCCAAGUUCUUGCCCCCCGAGUGGCACAUCGCCAACAAGGCCCAGUACAGCGGGGCUGAGGCCCAACGGUCCCGCUCCGAGCGGCUGGUGGAUGAGAGUCAGCGCCUGGUGGACGAGACCGAAAGGGCGACCCAGAAGUCCCAGAGCGAGGUCAACAAACGGCUCGAGCAGAGAUUAGGGGAGCUCAAAUUCUGGAAGCAGCAGCUGGACGACAAACUCGACCAGAUUGCCAAGGAGACGGAGGUGCUGCUGGCCUUCCGGACCCGGCUGGAGAAGGCCCUGGAGGGCUGCAAGGGGCCCCUCCUGAUUGCGCAGGAGUGUCUCCUCAACCGCGAGAGACGUGUUGGGAUUGACCUGGUCCAUGAUGAAGUCGAGAGGGAGCUGAUCAAGGAAGUGGAGGUUUUCCAGGGGGUGAUUGCUCUGCUGGAGCGCACCCUGGAGCAGGCCAGCGAGCAAAUCAGGCUGAACCGCUCGGCCAAGUACAAUCUGGAACAAGACCUGAAGGACAAGUUCACGGCCUUGACGAUCGACCAUUUUUGCUCCAGCCUUACCAACAACACGCCGGACCUCAGAUACGCGCAAAACGUGGUGAAGGUGGAGGAAAAUUCCGUGAGCCCCGAGGAGUGGGCGGAUUUCUCCAACGCGAAUGUGGAGAAGGCGGACAAGCAGCGGAACAACUCGCUGGCCCUCCGAGCCUUGAUCGACAGCAUCCUCUCCCAGACGGCCAGCGACAUGCGCAAGCAGAACAAGACGGUCAACGUGGCCUUCCAGAACCAGGUCAAGGAGACCAAGGAGGCCAAGAACAAGUUGGAGAAUCACCUGGACAAGGUGAUGCAAGAGAUUAGCUCCCAGGAGAAGAACAUAGAAACGCUGAAGAAAGCCAUCAUGGACAAGGAGGGGCCGGCCAAGGUGGCCCAGAUGCGCUUGGAGGCCCGGACCCACCGCCCCAAUGUGGAGCUCUGCCGGGACAAGGCACAAGCGUGGCUGCUGCGGGAGGCCCAGGAGAUCAGCCGCAAUGUCCAGAGGCUGAAGGAGACCCUGGAUCAGGCGGAAGCCGAGCUGAAAGGCCUGAACCGCCGCCAACUCUCCCUGGAGGAAGAGAUCCAGGUCAAAGCCAACACUCUCUACAUUGACGAGGUCCUCUGCAUGCAAAUGAGGGAGUCCAUCAACGUCAACGACUAUUGACUCCAAACUUUUACCCCCACCCCCCACCAGCAGGCCUGGUACCUCUGGAACCUCUUCUGCUGACCUAUGCGAUAAUA